GCUCCCGCUGCAUCCAGGCUGGACUGGCAGUACGAGGCGAGGCAGCAUGGAGGGGCCCCGGAGAGUCUCCUUGGUGCUGCUGCUCCUUCUGCUGCUGCCACUGGGCCCAGCUUGGCAUACAGCUGCCCAACGCUGCCCACAGACGUGCGUUUGCGACAGUCCCAGGCGGCACGUGGCCUGUCGGCACCAGAACCUCACUGAGGUGCCAGACGCCAUCUCUGAGCUGACUCAGCGGCUGGACCUCCGAGGCAACAUGCUGAAGGUGAUCCCCCCAGCUGCCUUCCAGGACCUGCCUUAUCUGACACAUCUGGACCUGCGGCACUGCCAGGUGGAGCUGGUGGCCGAGGGCGCCUUCCGCGGCCUGGGCCGCCUGCUCCUCCUCAACCUGGCCUCCAACCGCCUGAGCUCGCUGCCCCAGGAGGCCCUGGAUGGGCUGGGCUCGCUGCAGCGGCUGGAGCUGGAGGGGAACAUGCUGGAGGAGCUGCGGCCGGGCACGUUCGGGGCGCUGGGCGCGCUGGCCACACUGAACCUGGCCCACAACGCCCUGGUCUACCUGCCCGCCAUGGCCUUCCAGGGGCUGGCGCGCACGCGCUGGCUGCAGCUGGCCCACAACGCGCUCAGCGUGCUGGCGCCCGAGGCCCUGGCCGGCCUGCCUGCCCUGCGCCGGCUCAGCCUGCACCACAACGAGCUGCAGGCCCUGCCGGGGCCGACCCUGUCCCAGGCCCGCGUCCUGGCCCGCCUCGAGCUGGGCCACAACCCCUUCACCUACGUGGGCGAGGAGGACGGGCUGGCGCUGCCCGGCCUCCGGGAGCUGCUGCUGGACCACGGCGCCCUGCAGGCGCUGGACGCCAGGGCCUUCGCGCGCUGCCCGCGCCUGCACACCCUGGACCUCCGUGGGAACCAGCUGGCCGCCCUGCCCCCGCUGCAGGGCCCCGGGCGGCUGCGCCGGCUGCGGCUGCAGGGCAACCCUCUGUGGUGCGGCUGUGAGGCCCGGCCGUUGCUCGAGUGGCUGGCGCGCGCGCGGGUGCGCUCGGACGGCACGUGCGGGGGCCCGCGGCGCCUUGGAGGGGAGGCCCUGGGCGCCCUGAGGCCCGCCGACCUGCGCUGCCCCGGAGACGGGGGGGCGGCGGCGGAGGAAGAGUGGCGGGCGGCCGCGCGGCCCCGCGUCCCCCCGCCUGCCGCCCCCGACGAGGCUGACGGGGCCGCCCGGCCCUGCCCGCGGGCCUGCGUGUGCGCCUCCGAGUCCCGGCACAGCGGCUGCGAGGGCCGGGGCCUGCGGGCCGUGCCCCGCGGCUUCCCCGGCGACACCCAGCUCCUGGACCUGAGGCGGAACCACUUCCCCUCGGUGCCGCGAGCCGCCUUCCCGGGCCUGGGCCAGCUGGUGUCGCUGCACCUGCAGCACUGCGGCCUCACCGAGCUGGAGGCGGGCGCCCUGGCCGGGCUGGGCAGCCUGAUCUACCUCUACCUCUCGGACAACCAGCUCGCCGGCCUCCGCGCCGCUGCCCUGGAGGGGGCCCCCCGCCUCGGCUACCUGUACCUGGAGCGCAACCGCUUCCGGCAAGUGCCCGGGGCCGCCCUGCGCGCCCUGCCCAGCCUCUUUUCCCUGCACCUGCAGAACAACGCCGUGGACCGCCUGCAACCUGGGGACCUGACAGGCCUGCCAGCCUUGCGCUGGCUCUACCUGAGCGGCAACCGCAUCACCCAAGUGUCCCCUGGGGCAAUAGGCCCAGCCCCGGAGCUGGAGAAGCUGCACCUGGACAGGAACCAGCUGCAAGGGGUGCCCACCGGGGCCUUGGAGGGGCUGCCCGCCCUCCUGGAGCUGCAGCUCUCGGGGAACCCGCUCCAAGCCCUGCCAGACGGGGCCUUCCGGCCCGUGGGCCGCUCACUGCAGCACCUCUUCCUGAACAGCAGUGGCCUGGAGCAGAUUUCUCCCAGGGCCUUUUCGGGCCUGGGGCCCUGGCUGCAGAGCCUGCACCUGCAGAAGAACCAGCUGCAGGCCAUGCCUGCCCUGCCUCAUCUCAGCCAGCUGGAGCUCAUCGACCUCAGCGGCAAUCCCUUCCACUGUGAUUGUCAGCUGCUCCCGCUGCACAGGUGGCUCAUGGGGCUGAACCUGCGUGUGGGGGCUGUCUGUGCCGCCCCUCCCGGCGCCCAUGGCCAGAGGGUGAAGGCUGCAACUGCUCUCUUUGAAACCUGCCCCGGCUGGGCUGCCAGGAAGGCCAAGCGGAUGCCCGCCCCCAGGUCCAGUGCCAGGAGAGCCCGCAUGAAGGGAUGACGGUGGACAGCAGACAAGGCAGGGCUGCACCUGGCCCUGGUUAACAGGGGGAAGGGGGUGAAAGGACACGCCCCAGCCAAGCGCAAAGCUGGCAGUGGUCCCCCGGCCAGCGGGGGCCUCCUCAUCGCCCUGGCCUUGCCUUCCAGUCCUGCCACCUCUGCAUCCCCUCGGCCACCAAGCCUCCCCACCUGGUGCAAGCCCCCUAGCCAGGGGCAGGCACCCACCACACCACUCACCACCAACCUGCGGCUGGCUCCCCCUCCAGAGCCGCUCCAGGCCUCUGUUACAGGACUUGCUCGGCCACACCCAUACACGCCUCACGGACUCGUCUUCCAGUAUGACUGGGGCAGCCCCCGACCCCAUGGCAGUUGA